UAUGGCAGCUGCAUCUCUAGAAACAGAGAGAGAAAAAAUCUGAUCAGAAAUAUCAUGUAGAAACAGAGGACUGAGCAUCAGAGUGCUACAGCCCCUUUCUCAACAAUAUCAUCUUCUUCUUGUAUCUUUGUUAUUAUACAUCACUUCUAUAUCAAAUAUAUAUUGGUGUAUGUGUGUGAUUGAGUGCAGGAGAUAAAGAUCAACUGAUCUAAGAAGCUAAUCAAGGCAACGUACCUGAUUGGAGUUGUGAAGAGCAGUUGCAUAACAAGGCAGCAAGCUUGGAUCAAAGGAGUCCCAAAGAAGCACCUAUCUUGAGAGAUACAAAGAAAGAAAGAUGGGACUGAUUUCAAACAAGAUUCAUAGGAGCAACCUCCAGCCAGGAGAUCACAUCUACAGCUUCAGAAAAUGGAAGUCAUACUCCCACCAUGGAAUAUUUGUGGAGGCCGAUAAGGUGAUCCACUACACCAAAACCAGAAAAGAGGAACCAGCAAAUAAACUGAGACGAAGGCCUGCUUGCAAAAAAUGUGGUUUCGACCGAAAAGUUCAUCGAGGAGUAGUCAUAUCUUGCCUUGAUUGCUUUCUUUCAGGCUACGAGCUUUAUCGGUUUGAUUAUGAAGUCCCCUAUCACCAUUUCCUCUUCAAGAGGUCAGGAACUUGCAGCACCGGAAGCUGUGAUGACCCUGCUGCAGUUAUAAGCCGUGCCACGGCCUUGCUCAACAGCCAAGAUGGUUUUGGUGAUUACAACCUUCUCGAAAACAAUUGCGAAUGCUUUGCGAUUUACUGCAAAACAGGGAAGCAUAUGAGCGAGCAGUCAUGUUCUGCCAAACUUACUAUUAGAGCUGUUGCCCAAGCUAUCUUGGAUCAAAACUCUGGUAGGCUUCUUGAAGAUGUGAGAGUUCAUGACCCGGACAAUUACAUGAACCUGAAGGAGAAGAUUGACAAGUUGAUUCCGUUGCCGUUAAACGAAAUCAUUGCCAUUCUCGGAAAGCUUAAUGAAAAUGAGGAAGACGUUGAGGAAUUAGAGACAAUGGAGAAGUAGGAUGACUUGGUUUAAGAGAUCUGAGUUGAGUUCGGUAAAGGGGAGGUAUACUCACCACCCACCAGUCACCACCAGAGGAAAACUACUGUGUUGUAUUCUUAAUAAACAUUGAUGUAUUAAACAUUGUUGGUAUUCUCCGAUUCCUUGUUUAAUGACCAGUUUAUGCUUUCGUAAA